CAAUCUGGUAAAAAGGUACCGAAUCUACAAAUAGCCCUGCUGAACUUUUGCGUGACAGGCACUUGCAUGAUCUGCAUAGUCGCCUUAACAAGGGUCCGUGCCAAGUUCCCGCCCUACCCCUGACUUUGUUUCCCUAUAACGAAGACUUCGUAUUACUUCGGUUUCUUGUCGUAGUUAUAUGCGGAGUGAUGAUCGUGGGGUGAUGCCAACAUAUCUCGUCUGCCGUCGCCAAUACAGUGAGCCGGAAUCGUCAGAGUCCCAAGAGGUAUCUCAGUUCACGAAGAGAUGAAUCGAUCACUCAGUCAGCCUGCCAGUCAGCCAGCCAAGGAAACGAUAGUUUUGCUCGUCAAAACCGAAAGAAUGUCCAAGAUACCUGAUCUCAUCAACCUCUCCCCUCUUCCAAUUCCCCUUCCUCCUUUUCGUCACCCAUUGCAUCCAUCUUUGCCCUCUUUUUCCUAUCUACGUACUCCCUCACCAUUCGAUCUACCACAGUCGCUAUGCGCAAGCACGUUACCAUCAUCCUGCUGGCCCUCGCUGCCACCGCGCGAGUCCUAGCCCAAGACCUCAACCGGACGAUUGUCGGGUGCGUGGAGCUCGAGUGUCCGGCCAGCAGCCAGGACACCGCGAACGACAAUUGCACGAUCGCAGACACCGGGUCGUUCCCAUAUGUCGGGCUAACUCCCGUAUCUUCCAAUUCCUCAUCCUCUCUUGCCGGCCUAUCCUGGGUCAAAGGCGUCAACGUCACCGACUCUGCUUCUGUAUCACCUUCCUCUAACUCUUCACGCACCUUUCACAGCUCGUUCUACCUAGGAACACCGUCGACUCAGUCGUUGGACACGUCGACGGGCGCUUGCGCGGUGUUCCUGCGCGGGGCGGAGUCGUGGGAUAUGUCGUUUGGCGCAAACGCGAACGCGACGGACGAGACGGCGCAGGGGACGUGCGCCGACGCCAUGGGUGCUUCUUGCGUGGACGCGCUAGUCGCGCGGGCGAAGACGCAGGUCUCGGAUUACUACAGUGGGAGCGGCGAGGCGCCGUCGAGCCAGAGUGCGUGCGAGAGGCUGCGGCAGGACUUGCUGAAUAGCACUUUAGACGCGUGUGUCUCGGUUUCCAAGGGGUCUUGGACUAACUUCACUGCUGUCGCUCUGACUGGGGAUGAUGCGCCGGAGCCUAUUUCGCAACAGGAGAACUCGUCGGCGACUUGCUGGCCAGUUACUCCGAAGGAGGACAGCCUCACGCUCGUUGCCGAGUUCACUGAAGCAGGGAGUGACCUAGUCGCAGAUGCGGAAGAGGCAUUCUGGGCUAUUACACCCAUUCUCACUGUAGUUUUCUCGGUAGGAAAUGGAACUACUGAAAAUGCCAUCGAUGCCUCCCUGUCUUGUGUCAAGGCGAUGGGACCUGCAAGAGCGUCCCUCGACACCAUCAACAACGGCACCGAUGACCAAGACAAUGGAGCCACUACUCUGUCAUCUUCACAUGCUUUCGCUGCUACUGCUUCGUGCAUGGUAGCAACUUUUCUUUUUGCUUUGUAUAUGAUGUGAUGAAUGCUAUGGAGCUAUGGUUAUGAGUUAUGAAGGGUAGGCAUUGACAGAUUGUACCAUUCCUUUUGAGGUGCAAAUUGGGAUACCUAGGUAAGUAACAACUUGAGAUAAAAGAGGCGCGAGAUACCGGUUUUUGCAAGGUAAGAGGGAAAGGGGGCUUACGGAGACGACCAAUAUAUUCA